UGUGACGUCAUUUACAAACACUCACGGACCAGCGGGCAGAUAGUUCAGUGACUGUCGAAUGAACACUGCCCGAGCUCUUUAAACGCUUUUAUCGACUGAGAGAGAAGAGAUGUCUAAAAGCGUAAAAAAGCUCACAGGGCUCGUGGCAGCUACAUUCACACCACUCACUGCAGAAGGGGAGAUCAAUCUCUCUGUAAUUGGACCAUACAUUGAUUACUUAAUAGAGAAGCAGAAUGUCAAGAGUGUGUUUAUAAACGGCACAACAGGUGAGGGCUUUUCUCUAACUGUGGACGAAAGGAAGCAGCUUGCUGCAGCUUGGUGCCAACAUGGAAAGGGCAAGCUUGAGCAAGUGAUUGUUCAUGUUGGCUGCAUGAGUAUAAAAGACUCUCAAGAACUGACUCGGCAUGCCGCCAGUAUAGGGGCUGAUGGCAUAGCAGUAAUCUCUCCUUCCUAUUUCAAACCCAUUAAUGCAGAUGCAUUGAGGUUGUUCCUAAAAGAAGUGAGCGCCUUUGCUCCAGAUCUUCCGAUGUAUUAUUAUCAUAUUCCAAGCAUGACUGGUGUUGCGUUGGAUGCAGCUGAUGUGCUAAAUGGGAUAGAGCAGAUGAUCCCCUCAUUUCAGGGAGUGAAAUUCACUGGGACUGACUUGAGGGAUCUCGGGCAGUGUGUCUGUUACAGUCAGUCCCAUAACUGGUCUGUAAUGUUCGGAAUAGAUGAGCAACUCUUGGGAGCUUUGGUACUCGGUGUUCAUGGAGCAGUAGGGAGCACAUAUAACUACCUCGGACGCAUAGUGAACCAGAUGCUUGCUGCUUUUUAUAAUGGCAACCACAUGCAGACCAGAGCCCUGCAGUUUGAAUUUAUGGAGGUUAUCACAUUUGCUAAGAACCUUGGUUUUGAUGUGUCUGUGAAUAAGCAGGUGAUGAGUGAAGUGUCAGGGUUAGCAAUGGGUCCCCCUCGACUCCCGAUGCUGCCAUGUCCGGUCUCAAAGGCCCAGGCUAUUGCACAGAAAAUCAAAGACUUCUCUCAGGGACAUUAAAAUGAAACACAUUUCAUUGAACCUAACUGAAAACUCCAAAUAAAUCAUUUGUAUUGUUAGUGAACUGUAAACGGUGCCACAUUUAUUACACUACAGUAUAUUAAUGUACUGUACCUUUUUUCAUACUUUAUACUUGCUUUGCCUGAUUAAUUUUUUUUAUUGUCAACACAUUUAGCAUUUUGUUUUCUCUAAUUAAUAACAUUAAAAUGAAACAAGAAAUUUUGGUAAACCUACUUGAAUUACCCAACAGAGUUACAAAUAAUCCUCAGUGUUACUGAUUUAUUCUCAACAUGAUAUACUGGUUCUUGUAUACCUGAAUGUUUUAUGAGUUUUGCAUGUUUUGUUUGUUCUUGUCUUGGGUUAAAAAACAUAUGCAUAUAAAGUAAUUUUUAUUCUUUAGUACUGUAUUAAUGACCUUCUUUUAACUGAUGUUGAUGUAAUUGUUAACUAAUCCAGGCUGCUGAGGCAGUGGUUACUGACCAACUAUAUCACCACUGUGCCCUUGAGCAAGACACUUACCAAAGUAUUUCUAUGUAACGUUACUUAAUCGUAUACUCUUAUCUCUUUUAGAUAUUCUUUUAAUGAUAUUUAGAUAACAGAAUGAGUCCUUUCCAGAAUCUAUUCAAAUGUGAGUGCUGUUGUCCAUGGACACUAAAUGCUUUGUGGAAAAUCACAUGCACCACACUGUUUUAAUCUCUUGAGUUUCGCAUGUUUGCAGAAUACUGCUCAAAAAGGGAAAUUUUUGUAUGUUCAGAUGGAAUUAAUAAAAAUUAUUAUUCAUUAUUAAAUGGAAGAUACUGCUUUGAA